GGCUGCGGAGGAUGUGCAGGACAGAACAAAGCAGGUACCGCUUCAUCCCCUGUGGCCGGAUAAAGUUUAUUUUGCAGGAAAAAUGUUUGUGGACACGCUCCUGCUUCUCGGAGCCACGACAGCCUCGUGGCAGACAAGCCGAAGUCACAAAUAAAGCACGUGGAGUCAUGUUUGGAAGUGCAGUGGUAAACCAGCGGCAGCAUGUCGGGCUGCAGGAGCUGUCAGCGCUGGCCGGAGCCACGCGCUCCUGUUUGGGCCCCAGCAAAAACUACAAGUUCAUCCAGGAUGAGACGAGUGGGGAGUCGACUCUGGUUUGCUCCUGCUUUCGCCUCCUGGAGAACCUGGAUCUGAGCUGUGCAGUGGGUCAGCUGGUGAACGAGACCGUACAGUCACACCAGAAGGUCUAUCGUUCAGGAUCAGGGUCCCUGCUGUUUCUCGCGGGCGCAUGGAGCCGUGCUGCCUUGGAGUGCCUUCAGAGAGGGAUUUCGAUAGCACACAUUAUCUCAGCGAUGUCAGAAGGGAUGGAUAUAUGCUUGGAUGUGUGCAGAAAGUACAGCGUCGCAACUUCGGCUCUCUGUGCUUCGCCCUCAGAGAACUGCAGUGCAACGUGUCAGGUUUUGGAACGUGAGCUGUUAAAGAAACCUGCUGGCAGGGCUUUACAGGUAUCGUCCCUUACCCGAGAGACACCAGAAGUUAGUCACAAAACCCGCAACACCAGUGGCCGUCAAAGAGUAAAGCUCACUCACAGCAGACAUUUCUAUGAGGCCAAAUCUGAAAAGGUUUCCACGGUGCCACGACCUCAUUCUCAGGACUCUAAAGAUGUUGACAUCACUCACAUUGCAGGGGCAGUGAGCCACGGCUGUGAUGACUCAAUGAGUUUAGUGGUCGAGGCAAGUAGGUUGCAAACAGAAAACGGCGAGCAAGAUUUCAGCCGCUGCACAUUUGACAUUACUAAGGUGGUGACGUGCAUCCUGCCUGGUUUACCAGAGGAACGUGCUUGUGUUUUACCCGGCUGUGUCGUUCUGCUCUCCGCCGAACAGGCUUCAGUUGCGCUGCACGUGAAGGACCAGCGCUUGAAAGUCGCUCUCAUUAACGGAGAUUUAUCUGAGACGUACCGCCACCUUGGCUUCAACAGGCCAGCUGGUGUCAGACAGGUGACAAGCAUGUCGGGUUUGGGAAGUUUAAGCAAAGAGGAGGAAUGGUUGGAAAGCGUUUUGACAUCUUUGUUGAAACUGAGUGUGAAUCUGAUAUUAGUCAGCGGGGUUGCUUGUGAAAAACUGAUUCAGCGCUGCUACACUCAUCAUAUACUUGUGGUUGAGAAAGUGAGGGCCUCCAUUUUGAGGGCCUUUGCAGAUGCAACAGGAGCGGUCCCCGUGACUUACGCCACACAGCUGAGUAAGCACUGUGUCGGCUCUGGGGUGCAGGCGGCCGUGUGGAGGGAUCUCAGCAGCCAAGAGAAGAAGUCCUCAGUCGCCGUGAACAUUUCUACGAACAACAACACCGGACUGGUCACAGUGAUCCUCACCAGCUGUAUACAUGGCAAGCUGCAGGCGCUGGAGGACCAGUUUUGGGCUUGCGCGUAUCGUCUGCACCACGCGCUGAAAGACAAAGCGCUGCUGCCCGGCGCCGGAGAGAUAGAGAUGUUGUGCGUUCAUCACCUUAAAAAACGAGCGCAGCACCACGUGAAGCCCUCCAGGGAGAGCGGCGAACAAGCCAACGCAGGGAGAGCAGCCAGCCCUUACAGGCAUGUGGUGCUGCACCUCAUGGCCGAUGGCUUUAUCGACUACAUCUCCACCGUUAUGGUUAACACUGGAAGGUGUACGAAAGUGAAAGCCUGGACUGCACUGAGCCAGCAGCUGCAAAACUCAAAUGCGGCAUCAAACUUUAGCACCAAAGCCUUGCUGGAAAGUGAAACGCAGGGUGGUACGAUGUCCCCUGAUAUGAAAUCAAAUGAAACGGCAGCAGGGAAAGUCUACGAUAAUUUUAACGUGAAGGUGGAAUUAUGGAGAAAAGCUUUAGAUCUGGUUUUCCUCGUGCUGCAGACUGAUGCAGAGAUCAUCACAGGCGUAGACCAUAAAACAGUCGGCACACAGUCGGCAAAUCUAAUGCUGUUGUGAUUUUUUUUUUUUUUUUUUUCCUUUUCCGGGGUUACCAUAUUUGACUAGUGACUAGUUUUCAGUUUGCAGAUGGAAAAACCCGAGAAGUAUUUUUAGACACUUGGUAAGUUUUUCACAGAGAAAAAAAAAAAAAGGUGUCAUUAAAAACCUCAACAAUGUCACAAGGAAG